AUGCAUCAGCGCUCUGACAACUAUAAGUGGAUUUACUACAACUUCAGUUUCUAUUAUACUUCAUCUAAGAAGAAGAGCUGGGAGGACAGCAGACAAGACUGUCAACAGCGAAGAGCAGAUCUGCUGACCAUAAAGAGCCCAAAAGAAAAUGAGUUUGUAAAGAAGCUGGCUGUCUCAGAUUUUUGGAUUGGUCUAAAAAAAAUACAGGGUGUGUGGACAUGGCCUGAUGGAGGUUCAGUGGCAGAUUGGGUCAAGAGUUUUCAGUAUUCGACUCAGCCACAUUGUUACUGUGCUCUGAUGAGUUCAUCAGGUUGGAAAACUGCUUCAUGUACUGAUUCAAACUGCUGGAUCUGCAAGAAAACUAUUAUUUAAAAAUCCCU